AUGGUCUCAUUCACUAAAGUUGCAAUUGCUGCAAUAGCAGCAACUUUGCAAGUUCAAGCUUCAUCCUUCUUCAACAACUACAUAGAACGUGCUCUUGCGGUGUUUGCCAAUUCCAACGAGCACCAAACGCCACAGCUUUUUGAAAUUGAGCCAAAAGAGGAUGAGAAAAUCCAUGCUAUAUCUUUUCCGAAUCCCGGCACCAAGCCCGUGCCAGGCGAAUCCCCCAUUGAAGUCUGCGACGCUGACGAUGCCCAGCUCUUGUCGCUUCAAGAAGUGGUUAUCUCGCCCAACCCACCUCAAGCGGGAGCCAACCUUACAUUCACCGCCAGAGGGACCAUAGACAAGACCAUCAGCGACGGCGCCUACGUUGAAGUGGACGUGCGCUACGGGUUCAUACGUUUAAUCCACCAAACGUAUGACUUGUGUGAAGAAAUCACCAAGGUUGACUUGGAGUGUCCUAUUGAAAAGGGCCAACAGAUUAUCAGCAAAGUUGUCGAAAUACCUGCCGAGGUCCCACCGGGGAAAUACUUGGUGAAUGCCAGAGCCUACACGAAGGACGAUGAAUACAUUACGUGCUUAACUGCUACGAUUGUGUUUCCUGCUAAAUGA